AUGCCUCUCCAAGAGGGCAAACAGUCGUCGUCGGUUCAGGGAGAUGGAGAUGCUUCGCUGAUCAAUUCAAGACGCUUGGUUGAUGUUGGUGACUCGGCAGCCACGGAUGCGCCUCCUGCGUAUAGCGAACACCAUGAUCAGUUCCAGCUGAGCCAGGCUGGGUUUGCUGCAGGCGCCGCUGUGACCGACGAUGGCCGGGUCAACAUCAACAUCAAUCAGACGAGCUCCAGGUUUACGGACUUGCUCAUCCCUGCCCUGAGAACUCAGACUCUACCCCGGGAAAAAAUCACGGAUCUCCCACCAUCAUAUAUCCCCCCAAGUUUGGGCGGCCUACCUGGCCAAGCCCCACCACCAAAGCUCAAUGUCGUCGUGCAGAUCGUCGGCUCUCGAGGCGACGUGCAGCCGUUCGUGGCUCUGGGAAAGGUCCUCAAAGACACCUACGGCCACCGCGUGCGUAUAGCCACGCACCCUACAUUCAAAAGCUUUGUUGAGGAGAACGGCCUUGAAUUUUUCAGCAUCGGUGGGGACCCGGCUGAGCUGAUGGCCUUUAUGGUCAAGCAUCCUGGACUGAUGGUACCAUUUCAGGCCAUCAAGGACGGUGAAGUCAAAAAGCGCAGGAUGGGAAUCGAGGAGAUAUUGCUCGGCUGCUGGCGCUCCUGCAUUGAAGCUGGAGACGGCUCCGGACCGCCGCCACAGAUGCAUAAACGGAACGAGCCCCUGGAUGAGAGGUUUUUUGUUGGGUCUGAGGGGCAAAAACCGUUUGUUGCGGACGCCAUCAUUGCAAACCCUCCCAGCUUUGCUCAUAUCCAUAUUGCCGAGAAGCUGGGAAUCCCGCUGCACAUGAUGUUCACAAUGCCUUGGUCACCUACCAAAGCCUUCCCUCACCCUUUGGCCAACAUUCAGUCCAGCAAUGCUACCGAGGUCAUGACCAACUAUGUUUCGUACACCCUCGUUGAAAUGAUGACCUGGCAGGGACUCGGUGACGUUAUCAACAGGUUUCGCCUGAAAACUUUGGAUCUGGAACCUCUUUCACUGAUAUGGGCGCCUGGACUUCUUUCGAGGCUCAGAAUACCAACCACGUACUGCUGGUCCCCUGCGCUGAUUCCCAAGCCAAAUGAUUGGAACCCUGAAAUCUCCAUUUCUGGCUUCUUCUUCCUUAAUCUUGCGUCCUCUUAUACGCCUGAGCCCGACCUGGCCGCCUUUUUGGCGGACGGACCCCCUCCUGUUUAUAUAGGGUUUGGAUCCAUCGUGGUGGACGACCCUAAUGCUUUAACGAAGAUGAUAUUCGAAGCUGUGACAAAAACUGGCGUCAGGGCUUUAGUAUCCAAAGGAUGGGGUGGUAUUGGGGCCGACUCUAUUGGAAUUCCUGAUGGCGUUUUUAUGCUGGGCAACUGCCCGCAUGACUGGCUCUUCCAGCAUGUUUCGUGCGUGGUACACCAUGGUGGCGCCGGAACUACCGCGGCUGGUAUCAAGCUGGGCAAGCCAACCGUUGUGGUUCCCUUCUUUGGGGAUCAACCAUUCUGGGGCUCGAUGAUUGCGAGGGCCGGAGCUGGCCCUGAGCCAGUUCCUUACAAGAAGUUGGAUGCCGAAUCACUAGCUGCUGCUAUUCGCAAAGCGCUGGAGCCUGCGACACUGGCAAAAGCCAAGGAGCUUGGUGAAAAAAUUCGAGAAGAGCAAGGCUGUGAUGUUGGUGGCAAGAGCUUUCACGAUUUUCUGGAUAUCGAUGGCUUAAGAUGCUCCUUGGCGCCCAGCCGUGUAGCUGUGUGGAGGGUUCGUCGCUCAAAAGUCAAGCUGAGCGCACUUGCUGCUGCUGUCCUCUUGGAGAAGAACAUGCUCGAGCAGUCCGAUUUGAAGCUAUACCACGCCAAGGAGUACACCACCGAGGGUCAACCAUGGGAUCCCAUCUCGGCAGUUACUGCUGCACUUAUUGGUGACGUUGGCACGAUCGCAAUGACCAUUUCCGAUGUACCUCGGGAGCUUUUCAAAAGUAGGAAAAAGGUACCCAGCACGCCUGGAACGCCGUCCGCAGAUGGCAAACCACAGGGCGACGCUGCUUCCAUUGCAACAUCUACAACAGCUGUAGCCAGCUCGGCAUCUACAAGCGCUGUCUCUAUUCCAAACCUCACCGUGAGUGGCACGGAGCAUGUGAAGAAAGGAACUGCUUCCGAAGAGAAUAUGAGUGGUUCAGGUGCAAGGUCCCCCGGCUCGCCACAAUCGGCAACCCCAGCUCGUACCCCUGAAGGCCAAGGCCGAAACAACCCUGGUCAAGAGUCCAACCGCACGGGGAGUCAGUCUCCAGGUGUGACGGUGCAGACAGCCAUCGACACUGGAAAGGGGGUGGUGCGGAUUGUUGACGCCGGCUUCAAGACACCGAUGAACUUCUGUCUUGGUCUGGCCCGUGGCUUCAGGAAUGCGCCCAGACUCUACAACGAUGACAGUGUUCGCGCACCCGAGAGAGUCACCGACCUGGGCUCAGGGUUAAAAGUCGCUGGCAAGGAGUUUGGCCUCGGAUUGUACGACGGCAUCUCUGGCCUCAUCACUCAACCCCUGAAGGGAGCCCAGAAAGAAGGUGGCGUUGGCGCUAUCAAGGGUUUCGGCAAGGGAAUUGGUGGUAUUGUUCUGAAGCCAGCGGCAGCAUUCUGGUCGAUACCGGCCUACACAAUGCAGGGCGUCAAUGCGGAGAUCCGUACAAUGUGGAGCAAGAGCUGGCAGAACUACAUCAUCGCAUCUAGACUUGCCCAAGGCCGGCAAGACCUCGCUAAUGCGUCGUACCAAGAGCGUGAAGACAUUACUCUUCGGUGGGCUUCCAAGAACGAGGAAUUGAAGGGCUACUUUCAACUCAAACGCAAGUCAAAAGAUUCCCAGAGCGGAGCUCUAUCCCCUUCGGCAAUGGAUUCGGCCUCCCCGGGUACAGUCUCAAGUUCGUCGGUUCCCCCAACUGCUGGACCUUCUACUCUGGCAGAGCCCCCAAAGACAGGCUUCUGGCAUACUCGGAAGCUAUCUUUUGAGAAGCGCAAGCAGCUCCAUGCUCAAAAAGAAGCGUGGAAAAGGGGACAGGCUGAGGGAGGAGGCGGUCCUUUGACUGCUGCGCCGCCGCAAGCUAGUUUCGAAGAUGAGGAGUUGGAGCGCGCCAUCCGUGAGUCUGUCAAACAGACGUCCAAUGGAGAUCCGGUUGAAGACGUCAGGAUCGAGCAGGCAAUUCGCCAGAGUGUUAGCGAGAUGCACAGGCUCGAGAAUAACAGCGAGAAGGCCAGCAUCCUAAGGUAUCCCGAGCCGGCGGCGACUGCAGUAGGCGCCCAGUCAUCGGAAGACAUCAGCGACGAGCAGUACCAGGCCUUGAUUGAGGAAGCCGUACGGCAGAGUCUACAGAGCCACAAUACAGCAGGCGGCUACCACAGCAAGGCCUUUGAUGAUGGCGGCGACGACGACGAGCAACUUCGACUCGCCAUCAAGCAGUCGAUGGAGCACGGACAACCUGCUUCCUACGGCGGAGGCGAAACGGACGAUGAUCUCAAGCGCGCUCUGUACGAGUCCAAAGCCGCACAUAGAGAGCAACAGCACCGAGAAGCGGCUGCCCGGACAGAAGAAGAGGUAGUGUUGGAGUAUAUCAAGAAACAGAGUCUUGCAGAAAGUGAAUAUGCGCGCAAAGGCAAGGGUGCAGCGGCUGCUACCCCGGUCACUAGGGAUGAUGAUGAGCAUGAUGAGGAUUUAAAGAGGGCGUUAGAGGAAAGCCUGAAGAUGAGUUCGGGGCGGUCAGGUGGCUUCUCUGGGCACAUCCUCUUCUUCAUGUUCACCGCCAUCGAUACUUUCUCGACAGAUCUUCUUUGCGCCCAUCUUGUAGAUGACCAGCUUAUUCAGCUGAAGAUCCUCAGCCCAUACGUAGUCCUCAAACUGGUCCAAGAUUCCGGUCGCAUCUAUAACCACUUUGUCCUUGCCGAAACGCUUCCCACCCCCGCCGCUGCCUCUUCUCGAAGACCGCUGCCCACUCUUGGCGUAUAUGGUGUUGACCACGGUGGCAUGCAGCUUCAGCGGCCGAUUUUCAGCCACCAUCAGGCCGGCGUCCUUGAACAUGGCGGCCGCACGCUCGCAGAAGGACUGGAGGAUGCUUGGCGAGGCUGCCAGCGGGGAUUUCAGCGUCGGCUGCGCGUAGAGCACGGUGGCUUUGGAGGGGUCCUUUUGCAUUGCGGAAAGACCACGCAGAGAUAUCGCCAGACCGGCGCCGCCCGCGUCCACCUCGUCUCCCUUCCCUGCGGCCUCGGCCAGCAUCUCACGCGGCUUCAUGAUCCUCAACAGCGCAACGGCCCUGGCCAGAUCGCCGCCGUUGUUACCGCCGAGCGCCAUGACGCCCAGGGUCAGGUGCAGCGUGCCCAGCGGCCGCACGGCGUCCGGUGGGACCGCAUAGCCCGUGGUGACCUCAUCUCGGAAGGCGGACAGGGCCCGGGACAGCUGUGUGCGGACCGGGGAUGCUGGCGACGAGGGCACAAGCGGGAUUGCCAGGAAGUGGGUAAGGACGGGUCUGGCGUUUGCGGAGCCGCUCGCCGCCAUGAU